AUGAGUGGCAAAAGACAAAACACGGAGCGCUUUCGUGACAAAACAAGUUAUAGCCUGUAUUGUGUCAAUAUCUAUGGCUCUGGUUUAAAGGCGAUCAAAGAUGAAUUUAAACGACAAGUUGAAACGGGCUUACGUCAAACCUUGUUUAUGGUCGAUUUAGAGGAACUUCAAGAAGAUCUUAAUAAUCAACCACGUAAUACAAAAAUGAGAAAAGAAUUGAAGGAAAACUUCAAUACUUACAUAAUAAAUUCUCUGAUACAACACAUACAAGGAUUUUGCAAGGAAUACGAAUUACUAACCAAGAAAAUCAAUGAAGAAUUAAAAUUUGAUUUAUAUGAAUAUUGGCUUCAGCAUAUAGAAGAGAAACCUAAAAUGUCAUUAGACAAAACUGAUAAAAUAAAGGAGAAAAAAACGGCAAAAUUAUCUAAUGCCAGUAAAUUAAAUAAAAUUAACUGCAUCAGCUCCUUAAAAGCCAGAGAACAUAAUAGAGUGGGUCAAUCUAAGUUAAUGUCUCAAAGAAAGUACAUUAAAGAUGAACCCACCUCGGGCAAAUUGUACAUAAUUAUUUUGGGCCAAAUGAGUGAACAUUUCUAUACGGAUUUAUUAAGACGAGAUCAACCUCUGGAGGGCAUUAUAAACUUUAUACCAACUGAAAGCAACUAUGACAUCAUGUUGGGCAAUAAUAAAUUACGAAAUUUUAUUGCGGAAACUUUAGAAAUAAUUAAUUCCUCAAUUUAUCAAAUUAGACAAGAAGUAUUUACAAAACAGGUUGGUUUAUUUAAUCAUAAUCUACCGAUUAUAUCCAACUGUUUGGCCACAAAACAUUCCCGGGAAAUCUAUGAUCAAUUAACCUGGAGCAUCUAUGAUAUGGACAUGUUGAAGCAACAAUAUGAAAUGUAUUACUAUAGACCUUAUCAAGUAAUAGAUGUUGGCAUACCGGUCGGUGUAAAUUUAACACAGCUGUAUCAUGCGGCCGAGUCUUUAAGUAUACAGGGUAAUUUUCAGAAAUGUAAUUUACCUAUAAAUGGCACAGAUUUAGCUUCUAUAGCUGGUUAUUUAAAUAGUUUAUUAAAUACUAGUGAUUUAUCAGAAGAGUUGCAGCAAAGCUGUUCUAAUAUAUCUUUACAAAACUCAUUUUCAUCUGUUACCAAAAUUCCCAAGUAUGAGAGAUUAAUUGUGGCCGAAAAUAAUAAAUUAUUAUUAAAUAUGGUGCAAUAUGCUGAUCUUAACAGAUACCAAUCAAUAUAUUUAUGCUGUUUAGACUACAGCAUUUUAAGACAAUACGCAAUGUCUUCAGAACAACAAUUUCUACCGACUUUUAUUAGGCAUGAUGAGCAAAAUUUAAGCAAUUUCGAAUCUCUAACUCUGCCCAAAUAUGUAAAAUUUUAUGCCAAUGCAGAUUGUAGUGGCCAGAGGAUUACAGAAUUACUUAAGGAAUAUGAUAACUGCGAAAUUCAAGAAAUUUCUCCCGGCUACAAACUCUACGCUUUUAAAAGAUUUUAUAAUGCCUUAAAUGAAGAUGAUGGCAGAGUGAUAAUACCCACACGUUUAUGUUUUCGUGAUUUUAGUUUAUAUCAAAUGGAAGAGUUUUUGAAAAAUUUAAAAAUUCCCCAACUAAACACAGAUUCUCCAUCUGAAGAAAGCAUUCAGGAGAAAAAAGUAAAAACGGUGGAAUUUAAUGAAAAUAUGUUUAUAAGACCCAAUUCCCUCAAGGCUCUGAAAUUGCAAAAAGAAAGAAGUAGUGAAGAAAACAGAAGCAGGAAAAGUGAAUCUCGUUCCAGCAGAAGCAAAAAUGAGAAGAAAUCUUCCCUGAAUAAAUCAACCACAAAAACCGAAGAAUCCAUGGGCUUACCUCAAGAUCAUCCUCUUCUGAUGGGUUACAAUUUGGAGGAUACACUACAGGAAGUUAAAUACAAAGUCUCCAAAUAUUACUUCAAGCUAGGCUUUGUAAAACUCUAUGAGGAGAUGUGGUGUUUCCAAGUUAUGAAUAAACAAUUGGCCUUAGCUAUAAAUAAUGCAACUAUAUUUUUCCAUAAACCUCGUCGAGAGCUUAAAGGUCUAGGAAAUAACAUACGUUUGAUUACUAACAACAAUGUCGAUAUACGUAUACUUAAUGAUCCCCUGGAGUGUUCAAAGAUUGUGAUGAAUUAUCCAAAUAGUUUGAGCGUAUUCCAUCAUGAUAACUAUUGUGAGCAAGUUUGGAAUUGCGAUCAAACUUUUCGGAAUGAACAGCGUAGAAUUUAUACUACUUUAGGAGCGAUAAUUGUUUUCUUUAAGAGCAAUGAUAUGAUAAUGAUAAUGCGUUAUAAUGGUGAAGUUUAUAGACUUUAUCAACACGAGCCUGCGGAAGAGGAGGAAGAAGAACAAGGUUUCACUAGUGAUGCAGAGGAUGUUCAGGAGAAAAGUUCUGGUUUUAAAGAUCUUAAGGCUCAGGGUGACUCGCGGUUUAUAAUAGAUAAAACAAAGUACCUGGAACAUAAAAAACCUAAAGGCAAAACAACUGCAGCUACAGAUCAGCAGGAAACACAAAGGAAAUCUGAUCUCCAUACUUUAAAUUCCAAGAAAUCUAGACCAUCUCAGAAAAUUGGGAGUGAGGAGUCCAUACAAAUGUCUACCAAAUCAAAUUCUGUAACAAAUAAUUUAAGAUCUGCUGUAACGAAUGAAGUAAACUUCCUAAAUUUGUUAAGCUCUACAUAUGAGCUAAAAUAUUUACACCUUAUUAUUACUACUUCGCUAGGAAGGCGCAUAAAUUUGACACAUCAGGGAGAGAUUUUUGAGGGACCUCACUGUUCUAUAAAGGAAUGGCAUGAUUAUUUUGCCAAUGAAGCUUAUUGUGAGCGCAGUGAUGGUGUCAAAAUGAUUUGGUCUCAAGAUUGUUUUAAAUGUUUUCAUAAAGAUGGUUCGGUUUUCAAAACCACUAUUGACGAUGAUAUUUUCAGAGAAGAAGUGGAUGAGUUUGAAUCUCAAAUUACACAAAGUUCUUCUCACAAUCUAAUAAAAUCAGAAAUAGAGGACAAUGGAGAAAAACAGGAAUUGGAGGGAAAUUUCACACAAACUGUUGAAACACUUGGAAAAUUGCUCUCAACAUACAUAAUUACCGAAGCUGCAGAGGAAUAUAUAACACUAGAUGUACCAUUUGUAAGCUAUUCCUUUAAUAGUUGGUUUAUGCAACAUCAAAAUUAUGCUGAGGUUUAUGUCUUGACUCCAAAGUUACCGAAUUUGUCCCCUAGUAUGGAAAUAUUUGGCAUAGACAAUAUACGAAUUUAUACACAUGAAGAAACUUUCUUUAAAGCUGAUGAUAGUAAUGUUUGUGAUUACGAUUCACUACAAUCAGAAGGUGAAGAAUAUACAACAGAUAAAUUAAAUAUUAAGGUUGUAGUUAAUGUAAACAUUGGUGAUCAACUUCAUGUGACAGCGGAUAAAGAAGCUUGUGAAGUAUAUGCCGUGUUGGGGCAAUCUAAAGUUGAAAAGGAAAGGAAGAGUGAUUCCUUGACAUUGAGUUUAAAGUAUACGGACUGUAUAAAUGAUGCUUUCAAAUACUUGGUUAAUGAAAUUGCCUCAUUUGAAACUAAUAAUAGGCAUAAAAAGGAGGAAUUUUAUUAUAUAGAACAAAUGAAUAAGGAUUCUGUUAUAAGAGGUUUUGAGUUUUUCUCUAAGCUACCUCAACUCUCCCUCUACAAUUACCAUGUAAGCAAUAAUAUUACUCAACUAAAGGCUGUUAAUACCAUAAAUGAAUUAAUGACCACCAUUUGUGAUGGUUAUAAAGAAGAUCUCAACAAGUUUCCUCGCUUUAAACAUCCUCACAAGCAAGAUAUUGAUGCAAUAGUUGAUGUUCCCCAAGUUUUAAGUGCAAACAUAUUUAUUGAAAUUCCCAAGCAAUUGCGAAACAUGGCGAAUAUUACCAAAUUUUUAGAACCUUUUGAAUGUAUCAAUUUUAAAAAAUUACGCCGCAAAUUCAAAAAUAUUCUUAAUUUUUAUCUCAAACCACAACAGCUAAACGAUUUGAAAACAUUUAGUAGUACUAAAAACUGGAAAAGGCGUCAUUGGGAACAUGAAAGACGACUUUUUAACGAACAACAGCGUUUGGGUCUGUACCAGGCCAUGAGUAAACAUAAAAUCUAUCCAAAUUAUUGGAAAUUUACUAACGUUUAUAAGGGUGAAAUCAGACACAUUGAAUUUUUUGAGUUCAUGCAAAAUAAAUGUGACAAUAAAGAAGAAAAAGCGUCUAAUUAA